CGGCGGGAGCGGGAUCGGGAUCGGCGGCCGCUGAGCCCGCCAUGGGUGACGCGCCCCGCAGGGCGGAGUCGGGCACGCAGCUGCUUGCACGACUCGAGGGCAGAAGCUCUCUGAAGAAUCUUGAACCUUAUCUGUUUGCUGAGGAAGGAUCUCCUGUUCAUGGAGACGUCAUUGAAUUCCACGGUGCGGAAGGGACAGGAAAAACGGAAAUGCUCUAUCACCUCAUAGCCCGCUGCAUCAUUCCAAAGUCGGGAGGAGGGCUGGAGGUGGAAGUCAUGUUCAUUGACACAGACUACCACUUCGACAUGCUCCGCCUGGUUACCGUUCUGGAGAACAGGCUGGCACAGGGGACGGAGGAAAUGAUAAAGCAGUGCCUGGGAAGGCUUUUCCUUGUGAACUGCAACAGCAGCACUCAGUUACUGCUCACUCUCUACUCCUUAGAAAACCUGUUUUGCGCUCACCCCUCGCUCUGUGUUCUGCUUUUAGACAGUAUAUCAGCUUUUUAUUGGAUAGACAGAAGCAAUGGAGGGGAGAGCCUUACCUUGCAGGAGAUGAAUCUGAAGAAAUGUGCCAACUUUCUUGAAAAGCUUGUGAGACAGCACCACUUGGUCCUCUUCGCAACAACACAGACACUUAUGCAGAAAUCUGCAAACUCUGCAGAAGGCUUUUUCCCUUUAAAACUUCCAAAUGAAACUGAUACAGAUUAUAGACCAGAUCUUUGCAAAUCGUGGCAACAAAUGGUAACCCACAGGAUAUUUUUCUCUAAGCAGUGUAGUUCUGGCAGCAGCAAUGGUUUUACAGUCAUUUCUUGCCACCUCAAAAGAAACCAGGUAGUAAAACGUUCAUUUAGUGUUGCAGAAUGUGGAGUUCAGUUUUAACUUCAUAUUGCUUUGUAAAUGUUGAGCAAAUCUUGGUGCUUAAGGCCUGGUUAGGUCUAAGUAGUUUCUGGUGCCUUUAAAACUAGCUGUUUGUUGCUGAGUGAUUAAGAAUUUUUGUAAUUUCUUUUGUCAUUUAUCAUGUUCUUAAAAUUUAGUGACAUUUUUGUUCAUACUUAACCAAAGACACAUUAAACUCCAAGUAUCCUUCAGUAA